GCAAAGGGCAGAAGAGAGAGCAGUAGUGAAGGCAGAGGAGGAGGGUUUUGGUUAGCGGCGAGACGAACUACACCGCAGCAGGGCUGCAAGCGACCAGUCAGCCAGCAUUCCCUUAUCUACCAAUGGAAUGCAACAGCUGCAGCAGCCUGUGAGCGUGUGUGCUUUUCAGUCAGUGUGUUUGUAAAAGGGGGAGGGGGGACAGUCAUGGUGGGCCAGCAGGAACCCCCCUGAAAGACCCCCAACUCGCAACCCCCCACGUUCUCUCACAGCCGGGCUGCUGAAGGCAGCUCAACCAAACACAAGCGUGAGAGACACAGAGAGAGAGACUCGACAGGGCAGCACACUCCGAGACGGAGAGAGAGAGCAGAAAGUAAGGGAAGUGGAGCAGGGACCCUUGGGGGGGGGUUGAGGAGGUGAGCGAAGGGUGAAAAGGAAAAGAGGCGAGGGAGAGGGAAAGACAAAAGAGAGGGAGAACCAGAGUGGAGGGAGACCAGAGGGAAAUGGCUUCGGAGGAGUCUGCUGGAGGAGCACGCAAAGCCACCAAGAGCAAACUAUUUGAGUUCCUCGUCCAUGGAGUGCGGCCCGGCAUCCCAUCAGGAGCACGAAUGCCCCAUCAGGGGGCCCCAAUGGGGCCUCCAGGAACACCAUAUGGAGGAAGCCCUGCUGUCCGGCCUGGACUUACCAAUCAGGCCAUGGAAGCCAGUCGCAAACGGCCCGCUCCUUCACAGCAGCAGAUUCAACAGCAGCAGGCCGUACAGAAUCGAAACAGGAAGAAGCCUGUUGGAUUUCCUGGACCAAAUGAGAUGCCAGGGAGACAGAUGGACAUGAGAGAGGCCCAAUCAGAUCCCACAAUCGGAUCAAAUGCCAAGAGGAGGAAGAUGGCUGAUAAGAUCCUUCCACAAAGGAUUCGUGAGCUUGUUCCGGAGUCACAGGCGUAUAUGGAUCUGUUGGCAUUCGAGCGUAAAUUAGACCAGACCAUAAUGCGCAAACGGGUGGACAUCCAAGAGGCACUUAAGAGACCCAUGAAGCAAAAGCGGAAACUGCGUCUCUACAUCUCCAACACAUUUAACCCUGCCAAGCCUGAUGGAGAGGACUCUGAAGGUAGCAUUGCAUCCUGGGAGCUACGUGUGGAGGGCAAACUGCUGGAUGAUCCGGGAAAGAUGAAGAGGAAGUUCUCCUCAUUCUUCAAGAGUCUGGUGAUUGAGCUUGACAAAGACCUCUACGGCCCUGAUAACCAUUUGGUUGAGUGGCAUCGUACCCCAACCACUCAGGAGACAGACGGUUUCCAGGUGAAGAGGCCUGGAGAUGUGAACGUGCGCUGCACCCUGCUGUUAAUGCUGGAUUACCAGCCGCCUCAGUUUAAACUGGAUCCGCGUCUGGCUCGUCUGCUGGGAAUACACACACAGACUCGCUCCAGUAUCAUCCAGGCCCUCUGGCAGUAUGUCAAAACCAACAAACUGCAGGACUCGCAUGACAAGGAGUACAUCAACUGUGACAAGUACUUCCAACAGAUCUUUGACUGUCCACGUCUGAAGUUCUCCGAAAUCCCACAGCGCCUCACCAACCUUUUGCUCCCCCCCGACCCUAUUGUCAUCAAUCACAUCAUUAGCGUCGACCCUAAUGAUCAGAAAAAGACGGCGUGCUAUGACAUUGAUGUAGAGGUGGAAGAUCCCCUUAAAGCACAAAUGAGCAGCUUCUUGCUCUCCACAGCCAAUCAGCAAGAGAUUGCCUCUUUGGACAACAAGAUCCAUGAGACUAUUGAGUCCAUCAAUCAGCUGAAGAUCCAGAGAGAUUUCAUGCUCAGCUUCUCCAGAGAUCCCAAAGGCUACAUCCAGGACUGGCUCAAAUCCCAGAGCAGAGAUCUGAAGCUGAUGACAGAUGUUGUUGGGAACCCAGAGGAAGAGAGGAGAGCAGAGUUUUAUCAUCAGCCUUGGUCUCAGGAGGCUGUUAGCCGUUACUUCUACUGCAAGAUCCAGCAGAGGAGGCAGGAGCUGGAGCAGGCCUUGGCCUUGAGGAACACCUAGAACUCACAACAACCACAUUCAGAAAACAUGGCUCAUUUGUGACAACACAGCCUCCAGUAUGGAGGUCCUUGCAUUAUGUUCUGCAGUGUUUGGGGGUUUGUGUGUGUCCAGUCAUCAUUGUUGUCACUGUGACCUACAAUCCACCAUAAUGGACCAAUCCCACCCUGUUACUCCAACAGCCCCAUUGUAUUGUAUGUGCAUUUCAGCCAGUCACGGUGCUAUGUCUUCCAUUCCUGGAUGCAAUCAUCUCACAAUGCACUACUGGAUUUCUGGUUUUUAAUACCAAUCAAAUCGACCAGCAUUUUGAACUUGAUGACUUCAGAGCCGGCUCAGUCCCCUAGACUGUGGAUCCAACGUUGAUUCAGUUGUGAUUCUGCUUUCCUUCCUUUCAGUCAUCAAUUCCUGGUAUUCAAACACAUUUUCCCUGUGAUUAACAUGUGUUUAGUCCACACUUGUACCAGUUUUUUUCUUGGGUAUUGAUCAAAAGGGUAAUUUUGAAUGUCUGUCAGUGUUGGGAAUCAGUGGAGCUACAAUAACUGUCUCCAUUAUUAACACUUUUAUUUAGAAGUGUAUUUAUGAAGUACUUUGAGGCAGGCAGCUUAAAGAGGAGAAUCAUUCAGUAUUAACUGAACUGGUGGCUUACAGGGUUAUGUCAAUGUCUGCUGUCUAUCCCUGCCACAAUAAUGACAUUUAGCUGCAAUAGUGUAUAUAAACAUUGAAAGAUUGAAGGAGGUGGUUUUAAUCAAGUAUUUAAAAACUAUUCUGCCGUAUAAAGACAAAACCAACUACACCCACACUUGAGAGAGAAUGUUGAUUUUUUUUUUUUUAAAUUUUGAUAAAUUUUCACUUUUUUUUUUUUUUGAUUGAAUUAUGUGUAGUUGAUGUGUUUUGCCUUUGUAGGACAGUACUGACAUAGUCAUUAGUUCACUUUGAAGGAAUUUGAUAGGUCACGGUUUUUGAGAAGCUUUCACAUAUAUGACGAAAAUGGGCCAUACCAGCAUGGUGACAAGUUAUUCAGAAAUAUAAUCCGCUCAUGACAUAUCAAAUACUGUUUCUGGGUCCAAGCCUUUACUUCAUUUGAAUUAAGAAUACAAUCUCAACUGCCGUUUAUGAUCACUGUACAUUAAUGGUACCCCUUUAAGCUAAGCUUCCAGUGUACACUAGUCUCUGGGCUCACAGCGUCCCAGUCAGACAAGAUGAAUCUGUCUAGCCAACUGAGAUUUCAGUAGUACUAUAGCACACCGUAAGUGUAUAUUAGCACUGUUUGUUUUUGUGAUCUGAAGGAGCAUUUGGACCCGGAUGUGUCAGACUAGAGUGGAUUAGUCAGAUCAGCAGUCAACUAGAUAAAAGUCAAUAUUCUGUAAAAUCUUGAGACAUUUCUUUAUGCUUCACCAAAACGUCCAAACCAUCUUUUUGAAGAAGUUCCUUUGAAUCCUGCUUUUUUUUAUCCAUUUCAAUAGUGUUGUUUAAAAUAACAUACUGUGAGCAUUUGUGUUUCUCACUAAUGUCACCAUUUCAAAGUAUUUUAAAGCAUUAGUGUCCUUUGAUGUUUUACCAAAGGUCUAAUUUACUUUUAAAAAGAGAGUGUGCAGACUCUGACUUGAUGAAGGAAUUUUUAAAAGAUGAAGGAUGCAUUUUUAAAGAAUACACAUUUUUAAAUUCCCAUUUGUCCAUAGCUGUGAAAACAGUCUUUUUUUUUUUAAAUUGCUUUAUGACUCAUAGAGUCUUUGCACUAAAUCAUGGAACAUAACUGAGCGCUCUGAACGCUUUCCAAGAAAUGAAGGAUGAACUAGGGAAUAAAUGUUGUGGAAUGUGGAUACUGCCAUCUGGUAUUACAGAUUAAUUUCAUCAACGCAGCAUAGUCCUGACUUCUCAUUGGCUUUGGGUUUUGAUCAUUAACCGUCUGCUCCUUUACUGUCAGCUGAAGGAUGGUUUGUCCAGAUCAACUGUUGUGAGUUUUUGCAGUUUGCCUGUGAGCCUCAUGCAGCUUCUCGUGAGGAAAGAGGAGUUCUGGUGACCUGGAGUAUUUUUCAGACCUAUGCAUGCUGCAUGGACAAAUUUUUAUACUUUCAUACAAGGACAUGAGAAACCUUUUGACUGCUUGGGACUUGAUCAGAAAAGCACUGAGUUCCUAUAGUUCGUGACCUUCUGUGUCUUGGUCACAGCCUCUACAUACAGUACCAACAUGUAGAGCAGGGGCUAUUUUAAGCCUUAUUUUUUUCUUUCUUUUUUUGUCUUUUAAAAAGACUUUGCAAUUUAAUAUGUGGAUAAGAGAAGCACCCCAAUGAUUUUUACAGAGCCUGUUGGGCAACAACAGCACCUCCCAUUGAAUCCUAUGGGUACUACAUGUAUAGUCAGCCAUUUUGAAUAUUAUAAACUUGAAGUGUAACAUCUACCUGUGUGGCUAUUAGUGACUUUCUCAUAUGUAAAGUAACCUCUUCUCUAACUCUUGUAGCCACCAAAUGUGCUUUACCUGACCAUCAUGGGGUCAAGUGUUCAAUGUUACAUCUCUCUUGCUUUCAGUCAUAGUGUGGAUCAUGCUGCCCUCCAGUGCUUCUGUAAGGGAAAAUAUCCAACAGUUUGGGUGCUAAAAAAUCAAGACUUUACUGGUAUGGCUUAAAUUAAAUGCCACACAAGUAUUGAAGUAUUCAGUACUAGAGUUCUGCUGGGCUUUGAAACCAGGUUUUGGUUAUAGUGUACAUGUUAUUCCUUGGUUUGUUCAUAGAAGUACUGCCAGCAGACAUCUGAACAAGUGGGUUUUAAUGAUCCUCUAUGUAUUUUUUUUCGUCUCUCUCUCUCACAGUCUGUAUAUGUUUGCUUUCUCAUCUUGUUUCACUGUUCAGCUAGAGAGAUCAAAACUACAGACGUUCAUAUGUAGCAUAGUGAGGAUGUACAGUAAAUAAACAAGCGCUUGCCAAAGUUUGUGAAUGGAACACUAUA